AUGUUAGAAAUUGACAAAAAAACUGAUGAAGGAUUUUUUCCAAAUGAUGACCAGAAGGUUCCAUCAGCAUUAUGUGAUGAGGAUACUUUAGCAGGUGAUGUCCCCAGUUAUUCAGUCCCAAGGGAGCCAGAAAUUCCCUUAGAAAGUGAUGUUUCUUCCUUUUCACAUCAAUGUGAGGAUUAUGUUGGUUCUAAUAUUGAUGAUUCAUUCUCACCUUUUAAUUCAGAAAUGAGUUCUUAUUCCCAAACAGGAAGUCAUGAGUCAUUCUCUGUCUUUGGGGUUGAGCAGGAAGUAGAUCCAGCCCCUCAAGCCCUUCCUGAACCUGCACCCCCCAUGGACCAGAAAAAUGAGCUCAUCUUUUUCUCCAAGGACAGCGAUCAAAGUGCUGAUGAAGGAUGUAUGAACAGCAACGUUUUCAGUGCAUCUGCGGAAGCACACCCACCUGAUCCUUACAUUAUCUUGCAGCCUAGCAAUGGGAACACUGAUCCAGAUGUCAGGUGUCUCCAAACAUAUGGUGAUCCUGAUUCUCUUCCAGACCUCAAAGCUGACAUGUCACCACUUAAACACAAUGUUCCUGAUUUUCUAAAACAUGACCAGAAGGAAGCGGCCCCAUUUGAUGAGAGCCCGCGUUUAGGGAAUUUGGAAGGUAGUAAAACACGUGAUGCUUUUGAAAGUGACAUUUUCGAACAAAAAAAACCGGAGCAGGGUGUUUUGGAUAGUAAAGAGAAUGUGCCUGAGUUAAUGGGAAAACAGAAUGAGCCAGCCAUCAACACCAUGACACAACUAGGUGAUGAUGAGGAAGAAGAAGACUAUUCAGAAAGUGACUCUAAUUCACAAGUUGAGAAUGAUGAGAUUAUCGAGGAUGAUUAUACAGACUCUGACAAUGCUGAAAAUGUUCAUGGCGAUGUUCUGGAGAACAAUGGAAAUGUUGAGUACGACGUUCCAGUGACGACUGAUGAGGUUGCAGUAAGACCUAUGUUUGCUGAUGAUAUUUCAGAUCCGGCCUUUGAUCAUAGUUCUGAGAAAUCCGAGUUUAGUGAGAAUGAGUUUCAUCAACAAGAAGUCAUCCCAAGUAGGAACGCUAAUGCAGUAUUGGGUGAAAGUUUUUCUGAACAAGGACCAGGGAAACAGGCCGAUGAGACAAGACAGAUUGUACAGGGAGAGAUGGAUCCCAGAGAGACAAUAUGUAAGAGUGAAACAUUCACUAUUGAGUCUGAUUCUGACAUGGAGGAAAGAUCUAUCACACCAGAGCAGGAUGGCAACAAUGAGGAGACAGCUACAGGAUCCUACCAACUUAUGUCUGGUCUGGAAAACAAGUCUAACGUAACACAUGGUGGGGCAUCCCCACCAAUGAAUCAUAGCGGCACAGAACUAUUAUUCAACAAGGAAGAAACAGGGUCAUGCUUCAGCCAGGAGCAAAUAGACGGUAAAGUCAAUAUGGUACAGAAACAGCCUGAAUUCAAUCAGGAAGAAAUGGAACUGAAUCUGAGAGAAGAAAAUCAAAACAUUUCUGCUCCACAACAGGAACCUGAAAGUGAACAGCAAAUAGCAUUUCAGGGGGAAAAAACAUUCCAACUGGAACAAGGUUUUCCUCAAACAGAACCGAUGAUUCCACAGAACAUUACAUCCCCACAAGAGUUUUACUCAGGUGGACAUCCUGAAAAACCAGAUAACCAUGGUUUAACUCCUGAAAAGGUAAUGUAUGUUGAGUCAUCAGAGACUGGUAUCAAACAAGACCAGGCUGCACCCUGCACCCCAGAAGUAAUCUCCCAGCUGGAGGAUGUCGCUUUCUCACCGAUAUUAAGUCAGAUGGCAGAUAAUUCUUGUAUGAAUAAGGACAAUACACGUACAGACACAGGAACACUUCUAGAAUCAAAUGAACAACUACCAACAGAUUUUGCCCUGCAGCAAGAGUUUAUACAACAGAAUCAAGAAUUCAAUGAGAAGGUAGGCUAUGACAAUGAGGACAAUAGAGACCCAGUGGACCGAUUGUCAGAACAGGAAGGGAAAGAAGGGUCUCCACAGCCACAUGCGUUGGAUGCAAAACCCAUGUCUUUAGAAAGUGAUGUAAAAGACAUUUGUCCAUCAGAUGGUAGACCAAUCUCUCUUCCUGAUGAUCAACCUGCAUAUGCCCAAAACAUGUUUGAGGAACAGACUGAAUAUGAAGGAAAACAAGAUGCAUUUCAGUCUUUUGAAAAUGAAUCUAAUAAAGUGGGUCAUGAUGCAGUACCAGAAGUGAAAGGCCAACCUGAUAUUGACAUAUCAUUUGGGAUGCCUCCAGCGGAUACAGAUGGGAAUGUCCCAGGUAGAGGCAGUGAGGACCUUGAAGGUGGUCAGGAUGGCUUGCCUUCUGUGGGAGGCAUUAAUUUUGAUCAUGGUAUACCAAAGCAUUCAGAUGUACGCAAUGAAGCUAUUCAACCAAAUGCCACAAAUGACCAGUAUAUCAAAGAUAGGAUUGAGGAGUAUGAAGAAAAGAGAUUAGAGGGUGGAAGUGAUCUGAAAGAGUCAGGUCUCGGAGAGUCAGUUAUCACAGCAGAAUCACAGGAAACUGAUGACCAGCUCAUGAUUGAUGAUAAGGCUGAAAUUAAAAAAACACUUACUGAAAGUAUGGAAUAUUCAACAUACCAGGAUGAUGCCAUGUUAUCCCAAGUUCAGGAGGCCACCACCCUCAUGGAGGCCACCUCCCUCAUGGAAGCCUCGAGUCUGCUUAACGAGAGUGAUAUAAACAGUGCUGCAUCACCUCUGUCUGAACCUAUGCUAACUAAAUCAUCAUCAGACGAGUACACAGAGGAGAGAAGAGAUGAAGAGGAAAACAGCAAGGAGAAGACAGGAGAAGAAAAGUACACAGAGGACAGAAUAAAAGAAAAGGAAUAUACAGAUAACAGAAUAGAGGAAGAGGAGUACACAAAGGACAGAAUAGAGGAAGAGGAGUACACACAGGACAGAAUAGAGGAAGAGGAAUACACACAGGACAGAAUAGAGGAAGAGGAGUACACACAGGACAGAAUAGAGGAAGAGGAAUACACACAGGACAGAAUAGAGGAAGAGGAGUACACAAAGGACAGAAUAGAGGAAAAGGAGUACACAAAGGACAGAAUAGAGGAAGAGGAGUACACAAAGGACAGAAUAGAGAAAGAGGAGUACACAAAAGACAGAAUAGUGGAAGAAGAAUACACACAGGACAGAAUAGAGGAAGAGGAGUACACAAAGGACAGAAUAGAGGAAGAGGAGUACACAAAGGGUAGAAUAGAGGAAGAGGAGUACACACAGGACAGAAUAGAGGAAGGGAAUUACACAAAAGACAGAAUAGAGGAAGAAGAAUACACACAGGACAGAAUAGAAGAAGUAGAGUACACAAAAGACAGAAUAGAGGAAGAGGAGUACAGAAAGGACAGAAUAGAGGAAUACACACAGGACAGAAUAGAAGAAGAGCAGUACACAAAAGACAGAAUAGAGGAAGAGGAGUACAGAAAGGACAGAAUAGAGGAAGAGGAGUACACAAAAGACAGAAUAGAGGAAGAGGAGUACACCCAGGACAGAAUAGAGGAAGAGGAAUACACACAGGACAGAAUAGAGGAAGAGGAAUACACGAAGGACAGAAUAGAGGAAGAGGAGUACACAAAGGACAGAAUAGAGGAAGAGGAGUACACACAGGACAGAAUAGAGAAAGAGGAGUACACACAAGACAGAAUAGAGAAAGAGGAGUACACACAGGACAGAAUAGAGGAAGAAAAGUACAUGCAGGACAGAAUAGAGGAAGAAAAGAACAGAGAGGGCAGAAUAGAGGAAAAGGAGUACACAGAAGAAGGAACAAGGGAAACCAAGGGUAGAAGUGAACAGUUAUGUGAAGUUGCAGAGGUUGAAGAUUAUGCUAUUUUAGUACAGAAACAGAAAAGUGAAACUGGAGAUGAAGAUAUAAGAGAGAAUAAGAUGGAUACUCCAAUAGUUGUCCCUCAUACAAAAACAAGUGAAACUCCAGCAUCACCUGUUGCACGUCAGCAGACAGCUGAACUUCAAUCUCCUGUUACUCUUGAAAACGUUUCUUCGUCUGAACAGAGUACUGAAAAAACUAGUGAAAUACAAGAACAUUUAACAAAGGUGGAAAGUAGUCCUGCUAAAGCAGAUGUAAAGAAAAUUGCUGAACCUGCUGAAAGCAAACCUCAAUUUUUUGACAAAUCUGAAAAAAAUGCAGAAAAGCCAAAGAAACAUGAAAACGUUAGUGCAGUAACACCACAGAAACCAUUGAGGAAACCAAAGGAAAGAACUCCAAAUAAAAGUGAUACUUCAAAGAUCCCAUCCCCUACAAAAGCCAAGAACGGCUUUUCCAAAUCUUCUUCAUUUGCUCCAUCAAAACAGAGCGUUGAAAAGCCACCAUUUGACACACGUUUUCCACUAGCAGUAUCUGCAUCAAACCAAAGAGUUGUACCCCUGUCACAGACACCAACCACACCCGGUCCUUCCAAAGUCCCUUCCAGGAAGAUCCCUGCCAGGUCUCCGGAGGCAACCCAGUCAUUUCUGGAGCGUAUGUCUCGACCACGAAGUCGCACACCAAAGAAAGAUGGUUCCUCUGAUAGUGCUGUGGAGGACAGACCUCAAAGAACAGCAUCAGCUACUUCUGAGAAGAAAAAGUAUGGAAUUGAUGCUAAACCUGGUAGUGGAAAUGUGAAGGUCACUGACCAGAAGGUUCCAAGCAAACAUGUGGGGUCAAAGGUUGAUGCUCGUUCUAAAACCCCAACAGGAUCUCAACACAAGUACACCACUUCAAAAUCACCGAGAGUACCAACACCAGAUACCAAGCGUGUCCAGUCUAAAAUUGGGUCACUAGCAAACACUACCCAUACUCCAGGGGGUGGCAAUGUAAAAAUAUCCAAUCAGAAAGUAGACUUCUCUACAGUGCAAGGCAGAAUUGGGUCGAAGGCUAACCUAGACCACCGACCUAAAGGCGGGGACAAAAAGAUUUUGUCCCAGAAACUUGAGUGGAAAGCUGAAUCCAGGGUUGGCUCCCUUGACAAUGCAAAACAUGCACCAGGUGGCGGUAAAGUCAAAAUAACGAAUGAAAAGGUUGCCUGGAAACGAGAGUCAAGAAUCGGGUCAUUGGAUAAUAUGAAGCAUUCUCCCGGAGGUGGCGAUGUUAAAAUUGAGACAGCCAAAUUAGACUUUAAGGAGAAGGCUGCAUCAAAAGUGGGAUCUAAAGAUAAUAUAGAUCACAAAGCUGGUGGCGGGGACAAAAGAAUUGAAACAAGGAAGUUAGAUUUCAAAGACAAGGCUACAUCCAAAGUUGGUUCAAAAGAUAAUGCUUCACAUAAACCAAAAGGAGGUGAUAAAAAGAUUGAGAGCUACAAAUUGACUUUCAAAGAAUCAGCAAAACCACGAACAGACACUGGCUCAGCGGUCUCCUCACCUCCCUCCCUUAAAUCACCUCGCCCAGACAGCAGCAUCUCCCAUGACUCACAAGAACAGGAAGUGGCAUCACCUGGCAACUUAGAAAACAGCUCAAAGAUGAUUUAAAAGUUAAGGUGAUUCUACAUCAUUACAGAAGUCGAUACAGAUUAGUACAGACAAGAUAAACCAUUCUCGAGAUUUCUCUGUAAAGACAUUAUUUAAAAAAAUUACCUUUUUGAUAUAAGAUUAAUUUGUUAUCAUUGUUUUGACUUUUUUGCAUGAGACAAAUUUGUUCUGAAUUUUACUGUGUUUUUAAAUGGUCAGAAACCGUGAUAUAGGAAGUACAAUUUAGUUAGGUCAGAAAAUCCUGAAUUAACAAGAAAUUAAUUUAAAUGAUUGUAUGCAAGGAAAAACCUUGACAGGUUCAAUGUAAACACAUGUAUUUUGGUAUUUUAAUAGUUUUUUCAUAAUUCUUCUCAGUAAACAUGAAGAAUUCAUAAUUCCAUGCAGGCUAUUGUCAUCUCUUGUUACUCUGACCAAACUAACAUACAUGAUUAUCAAAGCAAUUUUGUGGAUUAAUUCAAUUUGUGACAUUUAAAUAAAGUAUAUUAGAUUUUGAUCACAGAGACUUAGAGCCUCAGAAAAGUACUCGAUAGACCUACUUUGUAACACUUAAUGGUGGACUUGUUGAAUUUUUGAGUGAUUUUGAAAAAAAAAGAUGAUUUGCUUACAUAUAUAUCAAAAUUUAGCAUCUCAGUUCCUUCAACAUAGGAAAGAUAGCAAGUGGGGCAAAUUGUGGUUUAUCAAUGAAUCACUUUCUUUCAGUGUCACAACCAGGAUUGACAAGAUGAAUUAUAUAAUGCCACAUGUACCCACAAGUAUGCUACAGGUAUAAUCUUGUAAAUUGGUUUGGGGGUGUCAAGGACAGAUAACUCUGUAUCACAUUUUGUAAUUAUUCUAAUUAUGCUGGGAGCAGGUUCAGUUAACAAAAUGUGCUACUUAACAAUAUGUUAUGAAGCUUGAGAGUCCAUACACUAUUCUUACCAUUUUGCCAAUGCAUAUAACAGGUUAACCUUAUUUUGAGAUACAGAUAUUCUGAAAUUUGUUAGCAAGGGUGUUCAUCUAUCUGGGCCUACAUUGAAAAAGUUUUGUAGUUUUCAAAAGUCAUCAGAGUGUCCAAUAACUAUCAAUUAUAUACAAGCAUUAAAAAUUGUUUUCCUUCCUGCUUCUACAUCAACAUAAUCAAAGUUUUCAUGACUUUUUAGAAAAACUAUUCUCUAGGAAUGAAACAAAACAUCAUGAUCCCCCAGGAAUUAUGCAAACCAGAAUGUCAUAAAAACCACACCCUUUUCCUCCCCAACCCCCCAGAAUGUUAUAAAAACCACACCCUCUUCCUCCCCAACCCCCACCCACCCCCUAGAUUAUCAUGAUUCCAAAUGAAUGUCACAAAACAGAAUAUCAUAAUUCCCCAUGAAUAUUACAAAAUCUAAUAUCCUAAUUCAUGAAUAUUACAAAACACAAUAUCAUAGUUCCCCAUGAAUAUUACAAAAUAGAAUAUCAUAUUUCCCCAUGAAUAUUACAAAAUAGAAUAUCAUAGUUCCCCAUGAAUAUUACAAAAUAGAAUAUCAUAAUUCAUGAAUAUUACAAAACAAAAUAUCAUAGUUCCCCAUGAAUAUUACAAAAUAGAAUAUCAUAGUUACCCAUGAAUAUUACAAAAAAAAAAUAUCAUAAUUCCCCAUAAAUAUUACAACAGAGUUCUCCAUGACUAUUAUGAGUCUCAAGGUGAUCUGUUGUGGUCAUCCUUUGUCCAGUGCUGUACAUCAUGAUUUUUCCAACAUUGUUGACUUCUGGAAACACCCUGCACCAAUUUUAACAAAAUUUGCAGAAAUCUUUCAUGGUCAAAAGUGAAUCAAUAUUUUUAAUUAUAUGGUCCCAACCCCAAGGGGUCUGAGGGGUGAGGCCAAAAGGGGUCAAAUUACCUCAGACAUUUUCUUAACACCCAGAUAAUGGUAGAAUCAAAUACCAUUCAUGGAUGGUAGGGUCUUAGGGGCUUUACCAUAAUUUACAAGGUUUGAGCAUAAUUGAUGUUAAUUCAAGUGUUGUUAGAAUCUGAUAGACAUGGGAUGAUCACGUAAUAUUAGUUCACUUGUAUGAUGUAGAUCAAGUCAUCCGACUUUGUAAACGGGAUGAUUUCGAUGAUAUACGAUGAAAGAAGAACAACAGCAUUUAUAGAACUCAAGUGACUGUUAAGGCACCCUCGUUUUAUGGUGGUUCAUUUAAGUCAAUUGUCAUUCAACACUUCUGUAAGGGUCUUGGCCACAAUUACUUUAUUGGUUAAAAAUUACCUAUAACUGUUUAUCAACUAUUAAAGCAACACUAGCAUCAAGCACCAUUCAUGCUCCAAUACCUUAUAAGGUAUGCAUAUUAUAAAGUAUUUGAUCCAGACUGAUGAGAAUAAUCAUUCACAUGGUAUGCUUGUGAUGUUACGGUGUUUACUCUGCUUCCACCAAUAGUCACAUAUAAUUGUUGUGUAACAGAGCUUAUUCUUCAUCCCAUUUAUUUAUAAACUUGUUUUCUCACCAUAAUUAAAAGCAAUAUCUACCACCUGUAACUGGCUUUGAUUAUAAUAAUUUGUUGUGUAUUGCCAGCACACUGUAUAUGUUAAAAUGGCCCUCUCUGGCUAUGUAAUGCUGUACGCUCUAUGCUUGGCUUUUUGGUGCAGUCAGAUGGAUUUAAUUUGUUUGCCUUAUUUAGAUAUCUCACAAUUUACUAAAAAUAAGCAAGUCUUUACAUAGGUGUCUAAUUAAGUGAAUACAAAAAGUCAAGUACUCACGAGAAAUAUUGACAAUAUUAACACUCUUUUUAAACACUUGAAAACAUCACUAUGGAAACACAAUCAGUAUUACUUUACCUGAGACAAAGUCUUGUGAUAUCAACCUUUUCUUUAUUGUAAAAUUUUAACUUUUUUGACUUCUUGGAAAUCCCAGAACUACUUUCAAUGAAAUUUUGCAGUACAUGAUACCUUCCCUACCCCCAGAAACCCAAGGGACAGGGCCAAAAGGGUCAAAUUGACUCAAAUAUAAAGAAAACCUUCUUCUCGGCAUCCAGAUAUGAUAGGAUCAAAUACUCUGCAUGAAUGGUAGAGCAGGUGCUUCAUUAGAAUUCUGAUUUUCAUGAUCCUAGGACUGCACAUGAAUCUCCCAGGGGUACAGUUUAUUAUAUGGAAAUAUUACAUUUUUAGGACAUCUGACCCGAAAGAUCACUGACCAAAAGGCCUAGGGUGCUGAAAUUUUAGGUCUGUAUCAUGCUGGGAAGAUUAGCUACAAAGUAUAUUUCAAUAAAUGAGAUUUUCAAUAUCAUUGGAAGUAAUAUAUUCUCAAAGAAGAAAAGGCCCGGGGUAAUGACUUUGGAAUAUGCUGUAAUGAAUUGCUACCAAGAGUGUUCAAAUGAAUUACCUUGACCCACUUUCACGGAUACAUGGUUGAAAUAUGUUAAAAUCUUUUGAAGUCUUUUCGAAAUAAUUAAAACACCAAAGAUGUAAAUAUUGGGCUGGUGGCAUGCUGGGAUGAAGGACUACAAUAUUUGCUCAAAUAAAUGUGCUAAGAACUUAAAAGUUCCUUCUUCUCAACAAGCAAUGGUCCUGUUUCAUGUUUUUGCCUAGCAGCAUGCUGAAUGAACAGGCUUUAAAGUUUGCAGACAUUUACUUACCAAACUAACAAAGGCUUCUGUAUAACUAAAUUGCAGAACUGGUGAGUGAUUAAGGCCCAUUGGGCCUCGUGAUUUAAGGUUAGUCGAAAAUCCAAUAUGGCCUACAUCUUGAAAAACAUAUUUUAAAUUUCUUCUCAAAUUCCUCUAUUGCCAUUGAGCUGACUUUUUGUUGGAAUAUGGAGAAACUGAAUUAAGAAGUAAUCAUGUCAUUUUUUAAGUCAAUAACAUGUGAAAGCAAUGCAUUUUGGGUAAUUAUUUAUUUCUUUUUUUUUCACUAUAUUAGAAAUAUUCAUGAUGUAUUUGUUUGAUUAUUUUCUAAGGUUUAUUUACAGUUAUCGAGUAGGAAAAACAAAAUCACCCAUGUGCAUUAAAAUGUAAACAAAUCCAUGUGUUUGGUAAAAGUAGUUCCUGUAACAUUUUCAUACGCAAGGUCAAAGGUCAAUGUUUCCAUGUUAGUAUCCAACCCAUUUUAAUCUGGUAAUGUUGUAUAGUGAUAAAACUUUGCGAGUGUAAACAUAAGUGUUUGGUCUGUUCCCUUUUGAGUUUGCCUGUGAAUAUGGGAUAGAUAAAAUGCAGGAAUGUAUUGUCCUAGAGCAAAAGGGAAUCAAUUUGAUGUAAAUGAUGGGUCUAGGCCCCCUGGGGAGAGGCACGGUCAAAUAGAGGAAAUAGAGCAAAUCCCAAAAAAUUCUUAUGCUAUAGAAAUUUCAGGAUUUUGUCCAAAUUUGGCUUGAAGCAUCCUUAGUUAAGUUUGUAUUCCGUUGGGCUCCAUCUGUCGUCUAGUGUCCAUCGUUUGUGGUUGGUAAUCAUAUCUUGGCACAUUUCAAUGAAAGCUCAUGUGAAUGACCAGUACUGGGUACUGAAUUUGAAUUUCUGUCUUGUUUCCAUUGAAAGGGAAAUUCAAGUUGACCACCAUCUUCAGACUCUAUUUUUUUUACUAAUAACUCAGAUUUUGCUUUAAUGUUAUUUAAUCAAACUUAAUUUAUAAUGAUCAGUAGAUGAUUUUUUACAAGAGGUUUAUUUCAUGUUUAUCAGAACUAAAACAUGGCAACAGAACUAAAACAUGGCAACCAGAUUCUUAUUUGUGGUCAAGAAAAAUCAUUUUUGCAGUAUAUGGAAAUCAUGGAAGAGAAAAAGUACUAGUGAAUAAGAUUAAGGAUCAUUUCAAUGAGCAAUUGAAUUUUAAUCAAUUGUAAUUUUUGCUCUGUUUGUUAUACUGUGUAGAUUUGCUGUUAGGCAAUGAUAAAGGGAAUUCUGUUGACAUCAGUUGUUAUAAAAACUGUUUUGUGUAGAACACUCAGAAUUUGCCAUUAGUGGCCCACAAAGAGAAUUUUUUGUUUAUUUAUAGCUUUAUACCUGGUAUGUCACUUUCCACUAGAAACUAACAAGUCAUUUAAGCCUAUUGUCUAACUCUAACUUAAUCUUCUGGCUGGAAAAAAUGAGCUAUUGUCCGAUUUCAAUCAAAACAUAGUCUAUAGAAAGCUGUUUUCUCCAAGAUAGCUCCAGAAAUAUACAUAUUUUGUUUUUAAUUCAAUUCACAGCCUCUCAAUUUUUUUAUUUUUUUUUUCACAAUUAUUAAUUCAAUGAAUUUACUUGAUCAGAAUUCAGUAUCAUACUCAGCACAUGCUAUGCUCAUGAAAUGGAAUUGACUCCAUGAAAAAUACAAUAUUACUAUGGAGUUACUCAAAUUAAUGCUAAUUUUACUUUUCUUCAACUCAGCAAAAAUUGAAAUUGAAACUGCCUCAAUUAGUUGUUUUGAUGGACGUGUAUACCCAGGGUAUCCUGAUGGACGUGUAUACCCAGGGUAUCCUGAUGGACGUGUAUACCCAGGGUAUCCUGAUGGACGUGUAUACUCAGGGUAUCCUGUGUUUUGAUGGACGUGUAUACCCAGGGUAUUCUGAUGGACGUGUACAAACAGGGUAUCCUGAUGGAGGUGUAUACCCAGGUUAUCCUGAUGGACGUGUAUACCUAGGGUGUCCUGUGUUUUGAUGGAUAUAUACCCAGGGUAUCCUGAUGGAUAUCUGGUGAUACCAUUGAAGACAUCUCUAAUACUUUACACAUUAUUUUAUUCUAAUCAAAGUCAAUCAUAUUUAUUUAAAAUUGAUAUUCUAAUCUAAUCUGGUAUUAUAUAUGGUAUUUAUAUAAAAACAUAUAUCAUCAUAUUUUCACAAUUUUAGACAUACAUAUUCAAAGAUUCUUUUCUAGUCUUAAACUAUUUUGUGAAUGAAUUAAUUUAGUUAUAUAUGGUAUUACAAUUCUUUAUCAGCCUAUGUAUAAUGACAAUAGAAUUUGUUGGACAAUGCAAGAACCAGAAUCAGACAGAACUAUUGUUUAAACUCGCUUGCCUUAGACCAAGUAAUAUGUAUGCUUAUUUUGUUGUUGCUUCUGAAUACUAAUAAAGAGACACAGGGUCAUUAUGAUAGCCAUAUUGUUUAGAAAGUAAUGAUGGGAUUCUUUUCCCUUGUUGAAUGAUGCAACCACCUAAUUUAUCACCUGACAAAAGCAACAAAUAACUACAAUCAAAGAAGCAAACUUACAAAAAGCCUACGGAGUUCAUACAACUGUGGGUACGGAAUUUCUUUAUUCAACUGUGAAAGAGGCUGAGGGCCUUGGCCGUGUAUCAUUUGUAGCAGUUAGGCUAGAAUGAAGGCCUGUUAAGUAGGUUGAAAAAAAGAUCCCUAGAUAUAAUGUUAUUUUGAAAGUGAUAUUAGUAAAAUUUUAAAUGACUGUUUUUAGUGACAAGUAAGUACCUUUAUGUAGCAAGAUUGAAUCAAGUGGUGUUUUUUUUCUUUCAAAUUGAUAAUCUUACACUAGUUACUAUUAAUUAUGAUAUUUUGUCAUGUUUAAAUAUCCUUUUGGGUGCUACAAGCUUCUUGUUCAAUGUUUAUUAGCCCACCAUCAUCAGAAGGUGGGCUGUUGAAAUUGCCAUGCGUCCAUGUUUCCUGUCUGUCAGUCCUUAAAACAAUCCUUAUUAUUGCUAUUUCGUGAGAAGUACUGGAUGGAUCUUUUUUCAACUUUCAUAUGUGGGUUUCCCUGGGUCCCAAGAUAUACAUUGUCUCAUUUUCGGAGUGAUCCUAAAAAAAACAUGGGCCAACAGGCGGCCAGUAUUUAUGUAUUUUGACAGUAAAAGUUUGUUGUCACUAUUUCUGAAGAAAUAAUUGAUGGAUCAUUCUCAAAUUCCAUAUGUAGAGACCCUUUGGUCCCUUGUACAUUUUUAUUUUGUGACAGAUAAAGAACAAGCGUCCAUGUUGGAUUUGGACAUAUUCAUUUGUUAUUGCUUUUUCUGUAAAUGGAUCUUGUUUUUUUAUUUCAUGUGCAGGAACCUCUUUGCCCUUAUUUAUACGAUGUGCCAUUUUUAGACUGAUCAGAAGAACAAAAUGGCUGACAGAUGGCCAUCUUGGAUUUUGACAAUGAAAGUUUGUCAUACAUUGUAGCUGUUUCUUGGAAAGUACUGGAUUGAUCUGCCAUAAAUUUCAUAUGUAGUUUCUUUUCUCGCCCUAGUUGUGCCAUUUCAAUUUUCAGUCAAUUUGGAUAAACAAAAUGGCCAACAAGGGCCUGAAUUCUUAUAUUUUGACAUUGAACGAUUUUAGUGCUACUUCUUAAUUCAGAAGCACCAGAUAAAACUUCAUAUGUUGAUUUUGUACGGUCCUUUGUAUUAACCUUUCGAUUUUUAGACUGCCAGAGAAAGAAAUUACUGACAGGCAGCCAUCUUUUAUAGCUGAAAAUUAUUGGGUUUUUUUCUUGAGAAAAAAUUCUAAAAUUUUGUAUAAUUAAGAACAAAUAAGAGGAAAGAAGAGAAAAGGAAGGAAAAGAUCCAAGUUUUAAGAUGAAGCACUGGUGGGCACCCAGAUCCUUCUGCGAUCUAUAGAUUGUUUGAGGAGCCCCUGUGUGAUACUAUGGUUUUGAAAGUCCAUACUUUCUAUGUAGUCAGUGUAGCUAUAAAUUGGAUGAUGUUAACAAGUGAUAUGAUCAGAAUGGCUUCCUAUCAGUAUACAGAGUUGUCUGCCCACCCCAUGUGGUAAAACCACUUGUGAAUCGUUUUUGGCAUUACUGACAAUCUGUAAUGUCACGUGAUGUUGAUUACAGAGAUCAGCUGAUUGUUAAAGAUGAAUUGUUUAUAAUUUAGAUGUGAUUGUCAUGACUUUUCCUUUACUUUUGAUACUUUCCACGUGGUUCUUCACCAGAUAGAUAUAGGGGUAAAUCAUGGUGAAUAUAGGGCUAGCAGGCCUUACUACUGUAGUGUGCUGGUAUAUUCACCUGUAUCGUUGUCAUGGUAACUGGUGAUGGACUAGGUCUGUGUGAAAAUAAUCAAAAACGUGAAAGAAAUGUUAUGACAAACACAUCUUAAGAUGAAAUUACUGAGAAAUAAUCUUUUUCAAUAAGCUGAUCUCUGUAAUUAACAUGAGAAAUGCAUAUUCUAGCAUUAUAACACCCUUACUGCAUGCACCAGGCAGAAAACUCUGUAUAUCAGUAGUUCACUUGUUUGAAAUGUUGAGGCAGAGAUGGUCAGGGGUUCCUCUAAACUCUGUGAUUUAUUGUUUAACUUCUGAAUAGUUCUGACCUUGCACCACUUUAUCUAUAUGCUUUGAUAUAUGUAUGUCUAAUAAAAUAAUAGUAUUGAUGAAAA